AUGGCAAACGCAAAGGCGGACAAGAUCGACAAGAUCAUCACGCGGCUGCAGGCCCGCAUCGGUGAGGGGCAGUACUACGAGGCCCAGCAGCAGACUCGCGUCGUCGCAGCGCGGUAUAUCAAGGCCGCCAACUGGAACGCGGCGAUAGAGAUCCUCUACAAUGUGUCGCAGUCGCUGCUCAAGGCCGGCGAGGGAGGUGCCGGCGGUGACCUCAGCGUGUUCCUCGUCGAGGUCUACAAGCAGGCGGAGCUGAAGCCGGACGCCACCUCGAGGGGCAGGCUGUUGACGUGUCUGAGGCUUUUCCCGGCCGGGGAGCCGACGAGGAAGAAGUUCGUUGGGGAGAUGAUCGCAUGGUCUUCCAAGUUCGGCGAGUACCCAGCAGGCGACCCAGAACUGCACCACGUCGCAGGCAGCCUCUUCGCCUCGGAGCACGAGACCUACGAGGCAGAGCGCCACCUGGUCCUUGGCACACGCGACUCGGCCGAGUUGCUCACGCGAAUGGAGUAUGAGUGGUACAAGGAGGACGACAGCCACACGGCGGCCCUGUAUUGCGCCCGGGCGGUGCUCCCGUACCUCCUCGUCGCCAACGUCCGGGCAGCCAACACGGCCUACAGGGCGUUUACCUCCAAGCUCAGCGAGGACAAGGGCGCCGGGCUGGGCGUGCAGGACGUCGGCUCGGGCGGCUCGGACGUGCGCAUCUUCCCCAGCCUGCCGCUUCUGAACUUCCUGGGGCUGCUGCUGCUCGCCGUGCAGAAGGCGAGCCCGGACCUGUUCAAGCAGCUGCAGGCCAAGUACGCGACGCACAUUGCGGAGGUCGGCGCGUGGGACGAGGCGCUGGAGAUGAUCGCCGAAAUGUACUUUGGCAUCCAACGACCGCGGCAGAGCAACCCUCUGUUCGACAUGAUGGGCAGCCUGUUCGGGGGCGCACCCGGUGGUGGCGGUGGCGGGGCGAGGAAGCCACCCGUCAGGCGGGUCGAGGCUCCGAGUGCUGAGGGUCUAGAUUAG